AUGGCGGCGACGCUCUCUAACCCGCCUGACUUCGAGGAAAGGCUCAAUUGCCUCGAGGAGGAAUUUCCCAAGAUUCGCAGCACAAUCUCCCUGCUACUGAAGCAAAACCAACCUUCACAACAAACUGCAUUGGCGACCCCAAGCCCCAGAACGCGAUCACAGCGAUCGGGCCUGUUUACGGCGCCGGACUGGGCAGUACAGAUAAAAGACGCGUUCGAGCGAUGCUCACGCGAAAUUGCAGACUUGCGGAGGAUCGCAACCGCGUCAACUUCAGGUCCGAACGAUGAUAACCCGGAUAAGAGCGAGGACAAUCACCAGACGAAUCUGAACAUCCGAACCAAGCAACCUGAACCGAAAACCAAUGGGAAUGUCGCGGUUCUUCAUGCUGCUGACGAGCCGUGGUCUAUAUCCAGUGAACCAUCUAGCGCGGGCGAUGAUGGCGAUUCCGAGUCUUCGAGCACGCAUGAGACGGACGACUCGGAAAGAAUUGACGAGGGUGACAUGACCAGACCGAAGCCAAGUCAGUUUCAUCUCACACAAGGAGAUAUGGGACGCAACCUAAUACCCAACAUGGUGCCAUACCGUGAGGACUCUCUGUUUGCUGGCAAGCUCACUGCAGACCUCCCUCGUGUCGGCUGGAGCAAGGUGCUCGAGAGUCUUUCGUCGAUCACUGGAGACGGUCAUCAACUCGGAGUCCGGUUCAGGGCACGCAAGGGGUUCACAAACCUCUGGAUAGCUGCCCCCCCACCCGGCUCCCUUGAGGCGAUACCGGUACCUCCGGAUGCCGACACAGAAUAUCGGCAAGGCCUAGAGACGUUCCUUGACAACCUCAUCGAAGACCCGCCGAAGACAGAGAUACCUUAUUACGUUGGCCCGGUACCACACUAUGAGGGCAUGUUAAGUGCGGGUGCCGACCUGGAGAAGCUCCCGCAGAUGGAUGGCGUCAACAAACAUUACAUUACAUUCACAUUGAGGACAAGAACUCAGGCACUGCAUUCCAUCGCGAAGAUGGCGGGCUCCGCUCAUGCAACCUUACCAUGCACGUUCGAGGAAGCGUUGGACUGGAAGAGCAGAAGCGGUGCGAGUUUCGAGGCGGACAAGACAGCCAUCAUACAUUUCACCCGCCGAGCGUGCAAGGUGGACCCGGAACCCUUCACGAUCAAGGGACAGCUGGUCAAACCGAAAACCCAGGUCAAGGUUCUAGAAGUGAUCAUAGACUCCCGUCUCAAGUACAAAGAACCGAUCAAGGGACAGCUGGUCAAACCGAAAACCCAGGUCAAGGUUCUAGAAGUGAUCAUAGACUCCCGUCUCAAGUACAAAGAACACAUUGCAAUAGCAGCGACCAAGGGCUUAGAGGCGGCCCUGGAGUUACAGCGUCUUCGAGGUCUUACCGCGGCUACAGCACGGCAGCUCUUUACAGCCAUGGUGGCACCGGUGGUGGAUUACGCCUCGAAUGUCUGGAUGCACGCGUGCAAAGACAGGAAAGGCAAUCCAGUGCAGCGAGUCCAGAAGAUUGGAGCACAAGCGAUUGUGGGAACAUUUCUCACGGUGGCGACGAGCGUGGCGGAAGCCGAGGCGCACAUCCCAAGCGCUCAGGAGAGGUUCUGGAGGAGGGCGAUCAAGCUGUGGACCGACCUCCAUACCCUCCCGAAGACGAACCCCCUACGGGCGUGUACGUCUCGCAUUCAGAAGUCCAGAAGAAGUUUCCAAUCACCCUUCUACCCAGUAGCCAUGGCGGUCAACGAGAUACCAAUGGAUGAAUUGGAAACAAUCAAUCCAUUCACGCUAUCGCCAUGGGAAGAAAGAACACAGACGAGAGUGGAUGUCGAAGGUGACCCAGGUUCGGGACAGCCGGACGCAGGUUGGGCAGUAUGUGUCGCCGUGACUAGCUCAGCGCGAAACAGUGUUGUAGGAAUCGGUGCAGCCAUUGACGUCCCGAUUUCCGUGAGAGGAGGCCCGAAGAUCGAGCGGUAUUCCUUCACGCUGGGCAUGAGGACAGAGCAGAGCCCGUUUUCGGGAGAGCUGGCAGCAAUGGCAUACGCGUUGAAGCAGUUGCCUGAGCUGAGACACCGCAGCGUGGCACUGCUAACUAGCAAUAAGGCGGCCGUGCUCACAAUUCGGAACCCGCACCAGCAAUCAGGCCAAGGAUAUGUCGAGAGUAUAUAUAAUUCCAUCAGCACACAGCGCACAGGAGCGUAG